AUGAGUGCAUCUGUCAUGCAAACAAUGUCACUGCUGACAAUGAAAAAUGCUCAAGCAUUCUCCAAAACUGCUCCACAUAUUCUCAAAGACGAAAUUCUCCAGUACUUUGAUGCUGCAAAGGCAGAGGCCAAAUUUAAAGAGCAUCAUUUUACAUAA